AUGGACGUUUUCGAAAAAGCGGAUCAGCAGCACAGGGGUGUGGAUGCCGUGGAAAAGUCGGUAGCAGUCAAGGUACCGCUGCCGGCUCUGCUGGAUAUCAAGGCAGAGGCCCUGCGCUCGAACCCGUCAUUCUUCGUCACGUGCUUUUCCACGCUGCUGACAGCGGUGCUGCUGGGGUUGUGCUUCAUGAUUGUUGGGGUCCCACCCCUGUACAUCGCCGUUCGUCAAGGCAGGUGCAUCUACGUGGGUGUCAUGGUGCCCCUGCUGACAGUGAUCGGCACAGUGCUGAGCUACUAUGCCAUGCAGCACCCGCAGCGCGUGUUCAAUUCAGAGGUGGCACAGAUCGUCAAGGAAAUGGAGCAACACGCAGCGUACUUGAGCACUGCGGUGCACAACGUGGAGACGGAGUUGGAAACACGCCGGGUUACCCUGGCCUUGGCAUGUACAGAUGAACCGGCCCGCAUGUGCAGUUUGCCCAUGACCCUGGAAGAGUCGGGGCUGCCGCGCUUCUCUAGAAUUGCUGUGCCCGGGGGGGCGGCAGCAAGCAUGUCUGCCACACUACCUGUCAUUGGCGGCCCCGGCUUCCUUCACGGCAUCGACAAGCUCGAGGAGGAGCGGGACUUGAUCAUCGCCACUGUUCACGUAGGCAAGGAGUGGCAGUGGUUGAUGGGCCUGCUAGGGAAGCUGAACCUGCGGAGCUUGACGGGGCCGACGAACCCCGUGGUGCAUCACCAACGCAUCGCCGUGCAUGCCCUGGCGAUCAGUGUUGCGCGGGUGGAGCGGAUGAUCUUGUCGCUGUACUUCUCCUCCUUUGUGCUGAACCGGGCCAAUGCAGUUGCACCGGUCAACCUGUUGGGCGUCGCUGCCUCCAAGAGCGUCGCAGGCUGCGGCUCUGUCUUCGGCCACGGCGCAGGGAGGAACCAUGAGUCCGCGCACGGGCGCACCUCGACCUCCAUGUUUCAGCCGUCGGCGCCAAUCAUGACAUCCGUGAAGCUGCACCCCCCGCACACGCCCGGUCACGAGCUGGGUGACUCGUUCACGGAGAGCGUUUUCACUGUCCCCCGGGAGACGCCGAACGAGAGCAGAGACCGUGCGGAGAGCGGCGGCGCUGGCGAGGAGAUGACCUCGCAGCUCACCUCGCUCAAUGUGAACGGCGUCUCCUUUGGGAGGGUGAAACUACCGCAGUUUCCGCCGCUGGCCAGCGGGGGCACAGGCUGUAGAGAACCCCAGAAGGUGCAAACCCAUCCGCACGAGGGGCCGUCGGCGGCCAGGGGAGCAGCUACUACACCAGCUCCGGUAGAGCGUGUCCUGCACCUGGACACCGACGCCCAAUUGACGGACGAGAAGGGACAGAGUCCGAACAACACCUCCGCCAGCGAGCACAGCGUCCGCUCCUUUGCCGACACGAACAAGGCCGACGAAGCGGGUGACCAAGACGGGGGUAGCGGCGAUAACCCACCGCCGGCGGUCGGCAAGGGGCGGCGCAGGUCAACCGUGAGCCCCUCAUCAUCAACGGUGCAUGCCGCAACGCUGCGCAUCCAGAGUCGCACCGUUGCCGCAGCGGACAACGCGGCAGAAAAGGCGUUCAUGGACGCCAACGUGAGCGGCAGCGGGGCCGUCUUCUCGGAUUCCCUGAGCAUCUUACCGCAGCAUCCGAAGCUACGGCUGUCGAGUGGGAGAGAUAAUGGUGACGGCGUGGUGCGAAGCUGCACAGCUGCACCUCACUCUGACGGAAACGACACCGGGGCGUCACCGACGUCGUCUCCGCAGUCAAAACCACGGCCGGCUUGCUCCACGCGUAGCCGGCAGCCCGGCUCCGCCGUCGUCGCGUACCCCUCCCUCACUCUACACCGUGGGGCACGCUUCAUCGGGGACGAGAACAACGUCUUCGCCACAGUGCUGAUUCACGUGGAGAAGAGGAACUCGGCAUGUGUCUCUCGCCUCUACGGUGCACAGGCGCACGCCAGCUACGACACAUCAGCGAAUAGGCACUACUUCACCAACGGGGCCGACUCCUCGCUCACGCGCUCCUGUGACUUCCAUCCCUUCACCAUCUUCCACGUCUCCAAUCACAAAGGCCAGCGCGAAGGGCUGACCACGCGGGAGCAACAACUACUGCAGUUUGUGUACUGCCGUCCCGAGGAACCGUCGGCGCUAGACUCCGUGAGCCACCGUUGUGCGACGGACUUGUCCUCGCCAGAGGUUCGCAGCCCUGGACAAAACAGUGGAGUCACGGUUGCCGCUGCCGCAACGACCCACGCGGGCAGCUCCACCGCCAGUUUAGCGCGCGAGACGGCGACUCCGCCUGGCAGCAUCCCGCACCACCCCUCUAGCACCGUCCUUACAGGGCCGCGCGUGGACUCCUUUAUUCUCGCCAUGCAAAUCCUGCGAGACCGCCCCAUGCGCCUCGCCUUCCUGCCUGUUGUCAUGCCACCGGUGCAACCCAAGGGCACGUCGCUGGUCCACAACGACGCCAUCCUGCAGCCGGUGAAAGUGGCAUGUCGCACGGACUUGGAGAACAGCGGCAGGGAACUGCACCCAACCAGUGGCGGCAGCAUCAGCAGCACACCCACGGCGUCGGCGAUGACGGUACCGGCACGUGGCCGUCCCAGCAGCUGCGGCGUUGGCAGCUCCGAAGACGGCGCCACGAACCCCACGCCAGUGGCGGCCCGUCGAACACCGUCGCUCACGACGGUGCCGGUGCUGGAGUGCGUGAUAGACAACGUGCUCUGCAUCGUGACAGCGAUAGAAAUCACCGUGGACACUUCCUUCAAACGGCCAUCUAAGGUGGUUCUCAUCGGCGUGUCUCUGGAAGACGUAGCCUCGGAGGGCUCCGAGCGCGGCGAGAUGGGCGUGAACGAAGACGAAGGAGUGUCUCAAGACUCAGUGGAGGGUAGCACCGGGACCCAAAGCCUCGAGGGCGCUGGCGAGACGAAACAGCCGGCCGAUCUUCGCGGCCUGCUGCGACAGCGGGCAACCGAUACGGCGGAGGUGAUCCAAAAGGGCAUCCGGAGUGUCAUGGCUACACCGAGGGGUCGGGUAAUGCUGCGGCAUGGGAACUCCCGAUCAGCGGUAUCCCUGAACCGGCACGGAAAUGGUGAGCAGUGCACCCUUGGGCAGGAGUUUCGUGAGGUGAUCCAUCUUGAGUAA